UCUGUGUUGUUUACGUUGUCGGUUGUGUGUUGUAUCUAAAAAUGAACUUAAAUAAUUACCCUAAAAUUCGUAAAUCAACCAAUCUUCUUUCGGAAUAAAACUCUUACUUCUUCUGUUGACAUUAUACAAAUUAUCAACGGACUCGUUCGUUUUUUAUUAUUAUUAUGGUAAUUUUAGACACGAUGGAGGGAGUUGGAAAUUUAGAAGAACAGGCCCUAAAAAGAAAAGAGAGGCUUAAAAAUCUCAAACGAAAACCAUCCAACCACGAAGAUGCUGUAGAAACCACAUCUAAAGAUUUUGUCGUACUUCCAAAGCCAAAAUUUAGAAGCUAUCAGCCACAAGAUGAAAACUUACAAAAAGAGAAGCUAUCGGAUGGCACACCAUCUUUAGUUGAAGAAGAAGUUAAAGAUUUAGUUGAAGCUGGAAAAGAAAAGGUGGUCCUACAAGACUUAGACAUUUCAAGUCUUGCACCUCGAAAGCCUGACUGGGAUCUGAAAAGAGAUGUAUCUAAGAAACUGGAAAAACUUGAGAGAAGAACACAAAAAGCCAUAGCUGAAUUAAUAUGGGAGAGGCUCAGACAUGGCAAUGAAGAAAACCUAAGCGCUAUGGUGACCAUGAAUCAAAACAGACCUGCAGAUGAAGAUUAAAAUAAAUACUGUAAUUUAUGGAGUUAGGUAUAAGUCUAUUGUAGAAAUAAAUGUGCUUUUAUUUUUUGAUAUUA